CAGAUGUCAGUGCUGGUUGCAGUGUUAGCGGGGUGAGUGCUUCUCCGAAGCGAGCACGAGGUGAUUUAGGACAUGAGUCUCGAGGCAAAGAGCCCCGUGUUCAUAUUGGCGUCAGUGCUUCUCCAACGCAAAAAUGAACCGAUAUUGCACAUGAAUCUGGAGGCAAAGAGCUAAUCGAGUACACAGCAAUGCGUAGUAGAAGGGCUAGAUUAGAACCAAACUACUUGAUGAUGGAGAAACAUGUGUACUCAGAUCUACCUCCAGCAGAAAACCCUUUCCACUACAACAAGAGGAUAGUGUUUCCUACGCGUGAUACAGCUAAAGAUUUAUAUGAUAGACUGUUAUUCUCUGACUAUGCCACAACAAAGAAGUUAUGGUAUGUUCAUAUGGAUCCAACUCUACUUAAAAUAAGUGGAUCUGAGCUCAUUGAGGUCUUCCAAGAAUUUGGGAUUUUUACCAGGAAGACCUACGAGCGUAUCAGAAGGAUGCUUGAUGAAAAUGAACACGGAUGGUAUGGAGAACAAGAGAGAAGAAGGUGGCGCAAAAUCUUACCAAAGGAAUGGGUUGUGAGUUUGCAAAUUUACCAAUUUUUUGGUACAGAGUUGCUUCUAAUAGCUGAUAUAUAGGAAAUGGUGCUGGAGGGGGGGGGGGGGGGGGGGGGAGAUUACAUCAAUAGUAAAAAGAUGAGACAAAUGUUUGCUGGUGGUCAGUGUGAUUAUGCCUUGGAUACAUGUCAGCUGAUUUGGGCCAUUCAUGAAACAACAGAAGGAUACUGCAUCAUGUAUGCCUUUGAUAUGGACCUUGAAAUUCUACAUGUCUUUGACCCGAAGCGCACAUGUGCUGGAAUAAGGAUUCUGGAGAGGCUUCAUCAUGAUACUUGUGAGAUACUACUGGAUGGACUUCUACGGUGUGUCGAUGCUUACUUUGAAGGAUGGGAACAUGACAGAUCAAGAUGGAAGUUCAAAUACCAUGAUUAUGUUAAUACUCCUUGCCGCACAGAGGACACACAAGUCUAUGGAUUUCACUACAUCUUGUCUUUUGAUGGCAUGCAUGUCCACGGCAACAUUGACAAGGAUAGCGUGGAUCAUCUGAGAAAAAAACUGAUGUACCUUGUGCUUCAGAUGGAAAGCAAUUUGGGUUAUGACGAUCCUGUAAGCGACGACGAAUGAUGAAGACAAACAAGCACUGCAAUCUUGGUGGGUAGUGUUCCUGCAUGCAGGGGGAAUGCCAGGCAACAAGUGUUGAGGAAAUUAAGGCUUAUAUAUAGCCAUGUAAUGCCAAACUCUGGUCUGUAACAUAUCUAGAAUGAUUACUAUCUAGCAGAACUUAUGAAGAACAUGACCACUAAUCAGGAGUUUAUGUAGUAUAUUCCUAUU